AUGGCGGAAGUGACGGCGAAGCGAUUCAGUGUGGGUUACGCACUGUUACAGAAGAAACAGCGCAGCUUCGUUCAGUGUUCUUUGUUGAAUUCGGCAAAAGAGCGUGGUAUUGAUCUCAUUAGGAUCGACACCGACAAGCCGCUAAUUGAUCAAGGCCCUUUUGAUUGUGUGCUUCACAAGUUGAACACUGAAGACUGGCGGAAACAGCUAAAGGAGUACUCCAUUCGGAACCCUAGCGCUUACAUAAUCGAUUCUCCUGACGCAAUCCAGCGGUUACAGAACCGGAUUUCCAUGCUCGAAGUGGUUUCGGAGAUUGAGGCGGCGGAGGUGAAAGACGGUGAGUCGGCUUCCUUUGGGACACCGAAGCAGACGGUGAUAUACGAAUCGGAGAAGCUGAAAGACACGACGUGUUGGGACGAGGGAUUGAAGUUCCCGGUGAUUGCGAAACCCUUGGUGGCGGACGGAAGAGUUUGUGAACCACGGCGGGGUGAUCUUUAA